CAUCAAAGCGGGGAGAGGUGAAGUACUCCCAGGUGCUCUAUUUUAAUCGUUACAUUUAAAGGGAUCCUGUUCACUAAGACUUUUCUUUGCUUGGGGUGGAUGCUCAGUGUGAGUGGGAAGGCGCGCCCCUGUGGCUUCCGAGGCUCAACCUUCUGUGAGGAAGAAGGAAAUCAGGCGCCUCCUCCGCACUCCCCAUCUCUCAGGGCACAGGGCUGCCCCAAGGCUUUCCUGAGCCCGCCAGGCUGGAGGGCUACGUGGGACGAGCUCCGGACCAGGUGCAGCUGGGGACGCUGGUGGAUCCCCUUUAGAGUCCAGGUAGCAAGCCCCGCAGAACCGCCGCGGCCCUUCCAGAAAUCUCUGCAUCGGUGCUACCAGCACCGGCAGCGUUCGGCUCAGAGAGUCCCACGCUGGGCAGGAAGAGGGGCUCCGCAACCCAUCCUUAGCUCUAGGUGGAGCAGGUGGCGAGCAGCCACGGAGCCCCGGCAGGCGCGGGCCGGUGGGCAUCCUCCUCUGCGCACACCCCACGCGAUUUCAGGGGGCUGAGUGGCCGCGGAUCUUGGCGGCCGGCCGUGCGGUGUGCUCCGCUCAGCCCGGGUGCGUUCAACGUCACACAGGAGCUGCUCCGCUGGGGUCACCGGACGCCUUUUCUGCUUUCCGGGAUCCACAGGCUGAGCGAGCGAGCCAAAGCCAUCUGCACGCCCCGCUCCUAUAAAUAGCGCUCGGGUGCCCUCUCGGCGCUGUCCCUCCAGCCUGCGCUGCGCGCCAAGACACAAAGUUGUACGCAGGGACACAGGAACCCAGGGCAGCAGGCGCCCUGCACCUUAGAACUGAUUCCGAAAUUUGGUGCUUUCUGCGUGGGGGCCUGGAUUGAGCCGCCUACCUGCGUCGGAGUGACACCGGGCUUUGGGGGAAUUUUUGACCAAGCCCAAGUGUGAGUCGCUAGCAUUCUGUCCAUGAACACAACCUGGUGUUCUUCUCAUCCCCGGAAACACCUCCUGCCUCUGUAAUUUGUUCCUGCGCCAGCCAGAGUCCCUCGGACAGGACCGACACCCACACCGCUUGGCACCCGCCACCCUGGCGUUUCCUCGCUGAGUCCUGUCUUCAGCUCUGUGCUUCACCCGGGAGUACUUGGGUUUGGGGUGAGAAUUUAUUUUGUUCCUUUGAGGUGUGAUCGAGAGGGUCUGGAGACUUUUUAGAUGUCAAGGGACAAGUGUGGCUGCAGGAGCCCCAGGCAAAACUGAUUUUGGGGCGGAGGACAUUAGAGUAGGGAGUUCUGCAUGAGCUGCUUAAAGGACAAAGGUAACAGAACCAGUCAGACAGCUCGAAGGGAGACUUCAACCCAGAGAAUUGGUGGAAGUGCGUGCGCCGCCGCCGCUGCCGCCGCCGCCUCUCCUGCAGCGCUGUCGAUUUAACCACUGGCAUCUUCCCGAGCUCCGGGAUCCCGGGGUAGCAGGCGCCGCCCCGGAGCAGAAGAGCCAAGCUGCGGCUUGCGCACCCGGCUCACCAUGGGCUCCGCGCGCCGGGCGCUGUCCGUGGUACCGGCUGUUCUGCUGGUUCUCGCACUGCCUGGGCUGCCUGUCUGGGCACAGAAUGACACUGAACCGAUCGUGCUGGAGGGCAAGUGUCUGGUGGUGUGCGACUCGAACCCAGCCACAGACUCCAAGGGAUCAUCUUCUUCCCCUUUGGGGAUAUCGGUCCGGGCAGCAAACUCCAAGGUGGCCUUUUCGGCGGUUCGGAGCACCAACCAUGAACCAUCCGAGAUGAGCAACAAGACACGCAUCAUUUACUUUGACCAGAUCUUGGUUAAUGUGGGCAAUUUUUUCACAUUGGAGUCUGUCUUUGUGGCACCGAGGAAAGGAAUCUAUAGCUUCAGUUUUCAUGUAAUUAAAGUCUACCAGAGCCAAACAAUCCAGGUGAACUUAAUGUUAAAUGGAAAACCGGUCAUAUCUGCAUUUGCUGGGGAUAAAGAUGUGACCCGAGAAGCCGCCACUAAUGGAGUGCUACUGUACCUGGACAAAGAAGAUAAGGUUUACCUAAAACUAGAGAAAGGUAACUUGCUUGGUGGCUGGCAGUAUUCCACGUUUUCUGGUUUUCUGGUGUUCCCUCUAUAGAACUCAACUUCUCCGUGAUGCCCAUGAGUGAGAGCACCCACCCCUGGCUUCUCAGAAGACCACUUUUCACCCUUGGAUUGAUGUCUCUUAUUGUUUUGUUCGUGAGUGACUAUGGAUUCUCUUUAAGAAUUCUAGACCUGUCUGGACAAAUGCAAAGUGUCACAGAUUAUUUUCAUGUGUGUGCCAGUUUCCUCACGUGUGAAUCAGGACUCCAAAGCUGGAAAUCCCUAAAUCUGCUUACAAGUUAACAGUCAGAAGCUGUCUCAAGGUUCGUCUGCUUAGUUUCCUGAUGUUACUGCAUUGUGUUUUUCAUUUCUUUGUUUUUGAAAGACCAGCAAGUAGGUCUGAAAGUUAGAAAACUUGGAAGUUCUGACUUCAGUGGUGAUUAUGGGACUGCCAAAGACUCGUAUAUUGUGUGGAUACAACGAUUACACUUGUUUUCUUUUUAUUACAAUUACUUUGGAAUUGGUUCGUUUUGUUCUCUUAAGGUAACUGGGAUUGUACUUUAGUGACUGGCAUAGUGUUUUCUCUACCUAUAAGGUAACAAAUGGCUUGCCUCAAAAUGUACCUUAACUCUGAGCUCACCUACAUGACCUCCCUCCUGCUCCCUAAAAUGUACCUUAACUCCGAGCUCACCUACAUGACCUCCCUCCUGCUCCCUAAAAUGAAUGCUCCAUAGUUGUAUUUUAAUUAUAUAUGUGAAAGAGUCAUAUUUUCCAAAUUAUAUUUUCUAAUAGGAAAAAUAGAUCAUAAUCUGACAAAUACAAAGUUACUUACCCCAAUUCUAAGUGUUCAGUCCCCAAACCUUGGCAAAAUAGCUCUCCUUGGUAGAAAAUCUUACACUUUAUUGCUCAACUUUAAUUAACGUGAUUGAUAAUAACCACUUUAUUAAAACCAUAGGGCAUUAUUUUCCCCUUCAACAUGACCACUUUAUUAACUGGAGAUGGUAUGCCCUUGUUUUUAAUUAUAUCUAUUUUUCAAAUCUCCUGUUGUGUUUGAAAUAUCAUCUGGUUUUGCCUUAAUUCCUUAACUUGUAUAUAUAUAUAUAUUUAUCUGUUCAGCUAAUAUUAAAUCCAGAUACUCCAUAACAAAAUUUAGUGCAAUAUCUUAUUUCGUUUUUUGUAUAGGUCAUAUGAAUUCAUAAAAUGAUUUAUGUCUCUGUUGCAGAAUAAAGAUUAUUACAUGUUA